AUGGUCGCUUUGAUACAGCAAAGACUCAACGAACAUUCGCCGCUGAUGGAGUCGCGAGGUGGUAUUGAUAUGGAAGACGACUAUUUGGAGAACCAUGGGAUGAGCAAGAAUGUGGACGAAUCCUCCAAAAGUGAAUGGUAUUUGUUUCUAUUGACUAUAUCCAUAGGAGGGCUUCAGGUGGUAUGGUCUGUGGAGCUCUCCAAUGGGUCGCCUUUUCUUCUUUCGCUUGGAAUGAGCAAAGCUUUACUUGCUUUCGUGUGGAUAGCAGGGCCUGUCACAGGUACUCUGGUACAGCCGUAUGUUGGCAUCCGCAGUGACAACUGUCGACACCGCUGGGGUAAAAGAAAACCAUUUAUGGUUGGGGGUGCUGUCGCUUUGAUAAUAUCACUCCUCGCUUUAUCCUGGGUUCAAGAACUCAUGGGCGGUAUUGUAUCGAUUUUUGGAGCGGACCCCAAAUCCCAGGGUGCAAAGACUGUAAACAUUGUCGUUGCUACCAUCUUGAUGUAUUGUCUAGACUUUGCCAUCAAUACAGUGCAAGCUGCCAUCCGAGCUUUCAUUGUCGACAAUUGCCCGGCGCAUCAACAAGAGGUGGCCAACGCAUGGGCGAGCCGAGUAACAGGCGUGGGCAAUAUCUGCGGCUUCAUCUUCGGCUACAUCGAUCUACCACGGAUUCUACCGUUUUUUGGCAGGACACAGUUCCAAGUCCUGUGUGCUUUAGCAUCAAUUUCUCUCACAGUCACCCUUAUUGCUAGCUGCCUUUACAUCCAAGAGCGCGAUCCUAGGUUGGAAGGCCCACCCCCCUCGGACGGUCUGGGUCUUGUUUCCUUCUUCCGCCAGGUCUUCAAAUCGAUUCGCAAUCUACCCCCACAGAUUGCGAGAGUUUGUGAAGUACAACUCGCAGCCUGGGCGGGAUGGUUCCCGUUUCUUUACUACGCGACUACCUACGUUGGCCAGCUCUAUGUGAAUCCCUUGUUUGCGGAACACCCUGACAUGACCGAGGCGGAAAUUGAUCGAGCCUGGGAAGCAGCGACUCGCAUCGGAACAUCCGCUUUACUUGCUUACGCGAUCAUCUCUUUUGGUGCCAACAUUCUUCUGCCCCUCUUCGUGAUCCCAACAUCCGGACAGGUUUCCGAGACGACUGCCAAGAGCGACUUGAUCCUGCAGAGGGGUGGUGAAAAUUCGGGCGACGCUGGACAGGCUGAGGAACCCCUUCUCGAAGAGUCUUUGCCCAAAGUUGAAGGGGAGAAACCAACCUGGCUCAGCCGUCUUCAAGUCCCAGGUCUGACUCUGCGCCGAGCCUGGCUUAUCUCACAUCUCCUCUUUGCUGCUUGCAUGUUCUGUACCUUCUUCAUCUCUUCCUACCAGGCCGCCUCUGUCAUUAUUGCGUUGAUUGGUAUCUCGUGGGCGUUAACUUUGUGGGCGCCUUUCGCGCUCAUCUCCGCCGAGGUGGCUCGCACCGAUGUCACGCGGCGUACCCAUGGCCACGGAGUCGGUGCCUCCAGAAGCACACACGCUCCUGCUUCAGGCUCGUAUGAGCCUGUCUCGAACGAAGAUGUUCACGAAGAUCAGAAUCGACAUAGCGGCGAAGGUCCCUCAGAGGAGCGAUCCUUCAAGAACAUCUCCGUCGACGAGGGAGAAAAUGUGGCCCAGGCCGGAAUCGUCCUGGGUCUUCAUAAUGUGGCCGUUUCAUUCCCUCAAAUCUUCUCAAGUUUAAUAUGCAGCGCUAUAUUCAAGGCUGUCCAGAAACCCCGUGGAGAACCUUGGGAUGACAGUGUGGGCUGGGUGCUUCGAUUUGGCGGAUGCGCUGCUUUGGUUGCGGCACUGCUCACCCGAAGACUGAGUGAGGGUGCUCAAUAA